AUGGAGGAUGAUUUAUUCCAGCUGAGACAGCUACCGGUGGUCAAGUUUCGCCGCACAGGGGAGAGUUCCAGGUCAGAGGAAGAUGCCAUUUCGGGAGAACACGAAAUUCAGAUUGAAGGUGUCCAAACAGAACUAGAGGCUAUAGAGCUGGAGGAUGGAGCUGCAGUGCCAAAGGAGUUUGCCAACCCAACUGACGAUACUUUUAUGGUGGAAGAUGCGGUGGAAGCCAUUGGGUUUGGGAAAUUCCAGUGGAAGCUCUCUGUUAUUACUGGAUUAGCCUGGAUGGCAGAUGCUAUGGAAAUGAUGAUUCUAAGUAUCCUAGCUCCUCAGCUUCAUUGUGAGUGGCGAUUACCAAGCUGGCAGGUUGCAUUGCUCACAUCGGUAGUGUUUGUGGGGAUGAUGUCCAGCUCCACGCUCUGGGGGAACAUGUCAGACCAGUACGGCAGAAAAACAGGCCUGAAGAUCAGUGUGUUAUGGACCCUGUAUUAUGGGAUUCUCAGUGGUUUUGCACCAGUGUACAGCUGGAUCCUUGUGCUCAGGGGACUGGUGGGCUUUGGGAUUGGAGGAGUGCCUCAGUCGGUAACUUUGUAUGCUGAAUUCCUUCCCAUGAAAGCCAGAGCAAAAUGCAUUUUAUUGAUAGAGGUCUUUUGGGCCCUUGGAACUGUCUUUGAAGUCCUCCUUGCUGUGUUUGUGAUGCCCACCCUUGGCUGGCGCUGGCUGCUCAUUCUUUCUGCUCUCCCACUCUUGCUGUUCGCCAUCUUAUGUUUUUGGCUGCCAGAAAGUGCCAGAUAUGAUGUCCUAUCAGGAAACCAAGAAAAAGCUAUUGCCACUUUAAAGCGGAUAGCAACUGAAAACGGAGCUCCAAUGCCUCUGGGAAAACUAAUCAUUUCCAGGCAGGAGGACCGAGGGAAAAUGAGGGACCUUUUCACACCCCAGUUUCGGCGGACAACAUUGUUGCUUUGGUUUAUAUGGUUUUCCAAUGCCUUCUCUUAUUAUGGGUUAGUUUUAUUAACUACAGAGCUCUUUCAAGCAGGAGACGUCUGCAGCAUUUCCAGUAGAAGGAAAACAGUGAAAGCAAAAUGCAGCCUGGCGUGUGAGUAUCUGACAGAGGAAGACUACACAGAUCUGCUCUGGACCACAUUAUCAGAGUUCCCAGGUGUUCUGGUGACCCUAUGGAUUAUUGAUCGGAUAGGCCGCAAGAAAACCAUGGCUCUGUCCUUCUUUGUCUUCUCGUUCUGUAGUCUUCUGUUGUUUAUCUGUGUUGGAAGAAAUGUUCUUACUGUGCUGCUUUUCAUCGCAAGGGCUUUCAUUUCAGGAGGCUUCCAGGCUGCUUAUGUUUACACUCCUGAGGUUUAUCCAACAGCCACUCGUGCUUUAGGGCUAGGUACAUGCAGUGGGAUGGCCAGAGUGGGAGCCCUGAUCACUCCGUUUAUUGCACAGGUCAUGCUGGAGUCUUCAGUCUAUUUAACUCUGGUGGUUUACAGUGGGUGUUGCCUCCUGGCAGCUUUGGCUUCCUGUUUUUUGCCCAUUGAAACUAAAGGCCGUGGCCUGCAGGAAUCUAGCCACAGAGAAUGGGGACAAGAGAUGGUUGGGAGAGGGUUGCACAACCCCGGAGUGACCAGGUCAAAUUCCAGCUCUCAAGAAUGACCGCAUGGAGAGGGAUGGUACAUGGAAGAAUUGCGUUUGAAAAAAGAAGCGAAGCGUAUCAAGCUGACCGUACUGUCACUGCCAAUGUCAUGUGUCAAAAUGCAGGAACUUUUGAUUUGGACCUAAGCAAAUUGUGUCUUUACUACUCUCUGCUCACACUCAUACCAAUGUUCUUGUGUAACAAGAGGCAUUUGAUCUGGACGUCAUUUAAAGUUUCCGGAGAAGGGAUUUCUUUAAGUCUGUUUUGUCUGCAUGGUCAGCUACCAAGCUUAAAAUGUCCUGUGUCAAGCAAAUAGCUCACUGAAUGCAAUUCAGUAUCAGCUGUAAUUUAAAAAAAAAAAAAUGUAAUCUUGGUGCUUAAAAGCAACAGA